CAUUUCUUGCCAUGCCAUACCUGAGCUCUAAUGCCAUAAGCACUGUAGGUGCAAGUUCAUCAGACUUUCAUCCAUUGCAUGAGAUGAAUGUGCCCAGUCAGUAUCUUCCUACUCAAAACAUGACUAACAUUCAGCCAUGGAAUUUGAGUCAUCCCAGCGGCGGCGGAGACCUUGCACCUCAAGCUUUGACUCACAUGCCACCCCCAGUAAAUGAAGAAGAGGGAGAACCCAAUGCAGGGGUUCCAGAAGAUGCGAGGACGGAUGAUGCACUCGUCAAUAGUCAACCAGUUGCUUGUGGGCUGGUCAACGAGAAUAUGCCAUCUCUGAAAAGAAAUCUGGAAGAACUAAGCAAUCAAGAAGCAGACAUGGAUGGGUUGGAGACAUGGUGUAGGAAAGCACAAAUGAUUAGUGGAGAAUAUUGGAGCAUCUUCCAAGCAUUCCGAGAAGGCAGAUCUCUUUCUCCACAGCAGGUAGAAAGAGUAAAUGAUUUGAGCAAAGAAGUUAAAGAUAUUCUAGGCCACUGUAGCUUCCGAAAAGGGUCAACGACACAUGGUGCAGGACAUAGGAAAAGUUUGCCCUUGGUAACAACAGAGCUAGUAGACAAGGAAAGUAAGGAGACAAUCGAAAAGAUAUGCGGCUAUUUAAUGGAGGAUGAGAUUUUCGUCAUUGGCAUUUGUGGAAUGGUGGGAGUUGGCAAGACAACCAUUUUAAUGCAUGUUUAUAAUAGAGUACUUGAGAAUCUUGCCUUCAAUGAUGUGUUUUGGGUCACUGUACCUCAGGAGUUUAACGUCUAUGCAUUGCAAAACGAAAUUGCCAAUGCAGUCGGACUAGACUCUCUCUCAAAGGAUAGGGACGUGAAGAGGAGGGCAUGCAUAUUGAAUAGGCAUUUGAAGAGCAGGAGAGCUGUCUUAUGCUUAGAUGGUCUGUGGAUGCACUUUGACAUUGAGGAUGUUGGAAUUCCAGUUGAGAAUACAGGCAUUAAGUUGGUACUAACAACUCGAUCACUAGAUGUAUGUCAUAAGAUGGUCUGCCAAAAACAAGUCGAAAUAAGUCCUCUAUAUUUGCCAGAUGAUUGUUGGGUCUUAUUUCUAAAAAGCUUUGCUUUGGGAGUGACCUCCUUCAGAAGUUAA